GACGAUGCAAUUGUCUCCUGAAUGUUUUGUUUGACUGGAAGGACAGGAGAAAUCCAGAACUAUCAACAACAUUGUGUUUACAAAAUAUGUCUAUGGCAACUCUAUUAACUCAAAAAGGUUCCUAGUAGGGUUUUGUUCCUCUUGGGACCAAAUAAGUGUAACACAUAAGAUUGAAGUUCCGGACGCUCGAGAGUUAGAACGCUCCCACAGAUUCUUCUGUCAGAUAGCUAGCUGCUAGCUAUGUCAAUAAUUCGCGUAAAUGUUUUGUACACAUCUGCAACUGCUCGGAUGAUGUGCAUACUAGCUAACCAGGCUGAAUUCUGAUGCCAAUAACUGAAAAUGGAUAGAGAUUUACUGAGGCAGACUUUGUCUCACCAUGGACAAAGCCUGUUUACCCAUCUCAAAUGUGAACAAAGUGAAAAUCCAGAUUUCAAGGCUAUUGAACCUGACUUGUCCAAAGCCAGCUAUCAAAGGAAAUAUGGAGGGGAGGACAAUGCCUUAGUGGAGCAGUUCAUUGCUAGAAAAGCUGACAUCCUGUUUGCGCCAUCAUGGAAGUCUAGUGCACUUCUGGAGGAUGUGUUAGAGGAGGAAGGAGAAGAGCCCUACGCCAUCAUGCCCCCUCUGGAGCAGUUCAUGGAGGUGUCGUUUGAGGAACGGAGAAAUCUCUUGUACAGGGACAUUGAGCGAGGGGACAUUGUGAUAGGCAGGAUCAACUCCAUCAGGGACUUUGGCUUCUUUGUAACUUUGAUCUGCAUGGGAGGUGGACUAGAGCGAGACAUAGAGGAUCUGGAGCUCACGGCCCUGUGUCCCCUUAGAGAUGUACCUUCCAAUGGCAAUCAUGAUGAUCCGCUAUCAUACUAUCAGCUUAAUGAUUUGAUAAGAGCUGGAGUGAAGGACAUUGACCGAUACCAUGAGAAGAUAACCAUUUCACUUCAGCCCUCCUCCCUCGGCCCAAAUCUGAUGAACCUAAAGCUUGGAGUUUUUAGUAGAGAUGAUAUGCCACUUCAAUACAGUCGCAGUGUGAGGGUUGCAAACGACAACACUGAAACCUAUGAGAGGGUUUUAGAGGGUUCUCUUGGGUACUCCAAUCCAUCUAAUGUGGAAUAUCUCCUGGGGAAGAUUGGGGUCAGUGACACACAGCCUCCCUCACUCAUGAGAGGGCUACAGAGCAAACAUUUCCUUGAGGAGGACUUUGCCACAACUAUCCGAAAGAAGCAGUCUGCAUCCUGGGCUCUUAAAUGUGUAAGGGUUGGUGUGGACCACUUCAAAUCUGGCCGCCAUGUCGAAGCAAUGAAUGAAUAUAACAAGGCCUUAGAGAUCGACACUAACAAUGUGGAAGCCCUUGUGGCACGUGGUGCACUGUAUGCUAACAAAGGGAGUUUGCUGAAGGCAAUAACUGACUUUGAGCUGGCAUUGGAAAGCUGCCCAACCCACAGAAAUGCAAAGAAAUACCUAUGUCAGACCCUGGUCGAGCGAGGUGGCCAACUGGAGGAGGAAGAAAAGCUAGUCACAGCUGAAGGUCUCUAUAGAAAAGCCCUGGCCUUAGACGACUCCUUCCAAGACGCCAAGGAAGCAUUAAAAAAAAUAGAGCUGCUUAUCCAGAAAUCGCUCAAACUGAGAGAAGAGGCAGCUGCAAAGGAAGCGGAAAAAGCUAAGAAUGUGGAGACAAGUGCAGAAAAAUUGCGUAAGAUCUUAAAAGAAGAAAAAAGGUACAUCCAUACCAAUCCGUCAGAAAGAAUGAAAAGGAAACAAAGGAGAUCCUCCUCUUCAUCAUCGUCUUCCUCCUCUUCUUCUGACCGAUCCUCCUCGGGUCGCAGGAAGUCAAAGAAAAAGAAGCGCAAACACAGACGGUCAUCUCGAGGGAAGAAACACCAGCAGGUUUCAUCCAGGGACAACAGGAGUGUGGCUGAUGACGAGGAGGAGUGGUACCCUGCCCCGCCCAACACCUCCGCCUCCUUCCUGGAUCAGAAAUCUAGCGUGGUUAGGCCGUUUGAGGGGCCAGAGAGUACUGAAGAAGGCAGUCAGCCCCCCAGCAAGGGCAGGAGCCACUCGUACCGCUCUUUAUCAUCAGUGUCUGACGCUCCGGACAACAGCAGGUUUGAAGAUGACCCUUUUGACGCCUCUCCUCAGCGAGCUGAGGGCAGCAAGGGAAAAGGUGUCCGUGGUGACAAGACCAGUGAUGGAGACGUGAAGGAGAGGGAAGGCUCCAGGGGCCAGAGGAAGAGCCAGGGCCAGGAGGAUCAAAGUGGCCCACAAGACGUUCCCAGCUCAUUGGAGAAAGUCAAACACAGAAGAAUGUCCUCCUCAUCUGCCGGCUCAGAGCAUUCACGCAAAUCUGACCAGUACACCAACGACCUCCCAUCACAGUCCCACAUAUCCACUUACAGGCGAUCAGAUAGUGGGAAGUAUGGUAGCACAGAGCGAGGCGAUAAGAAAGAGCAGGAGAGGGGCACUCGAAGGUCUGAUGGAGGAGAUUACAGGUCUUCCACUGACGCCACUCGGAAUGGUAAGGGAUCAUCCGCAGGAGGAAGUCAGAAAAAAGAGCUGCCAACUAAUCUCCUAGAUCUCUUCAGCCAGAUAGCCCAGUUUGAGAAGGAGAAAUGUGUCAAGCCGAAAAAGUGAAUUCAGCUUUUCCGAGAUGCUUUUACCUUAUGUCAUAAAAACGAUAAACUAAUGCUAUUCUAAUGUUGGACAAAGUUGUAGUGACCAAGCUGUCAUAAUUUAGAAUUUAGUGUUGGUGAUAUCAAACAUUUUCCUCAAAUGUUUAUUGUUAUUUCUGUGAUCAAUACACUGCCUUAAUAUUAUGAGAUUACAUUUUCUGUGAAAGGAUGUUUUUUUAUGUGCCAGAAAGCAAAUGAAAGACCAGUUAAGAUGUCUUCUUUUGGCUUGCAGCUGGAAAAAUGUAUUUCCUUUGAUUGAAUAAUUGUGUAUUUUCCUCUUAGUACAAUGAACUCUGUAUUACCAAGUACCAUCAGGAAACUCACAAAUCAGAUCUAUUGAGAUAGAAAUGUGCCAUUCUUUUCUAUUUGCUGGUAGUAGAUUGGAAGAUGUCAUUUAAUGACUGAUGACACAUUUCCAUGUGUGAAUCUUUUUCAAUAAAUGGCCUACGAGCUUUGCCCAAAAUG